UUGGUGGGUCCAACAAGUUAGAGGAUAUAUAUAAUGAUAAUUAUAAAGACUCUCUCUUUUAAAAGUUGUAAUUGAGAUUGUAUCUUAUCUUUAGAUAGAUGAGGGAUAAGAGGAGUAAAGGAAAUAAUUAUUAUGGAUAGUGAUAUCAAUUUGAUUCUUAUUUAUGAUGAUUAUCGUUAUUGUCAGGACUUUAAGGAAGACUUGUAUGUUUAUCAUGGUAAUUUUAGGGGUCAUUUGGUUGACAUCAUGUCCUAUAUACGAGAGGUUCAAUGUCGACUACAAAGAAUGGGUAAGUUUGGAGCAUUAGACAAGGAUAUCGAGAGCAGACUGAGAUUGGGAGCAAGCCAAUUACAGUUUCUUAUCAACGAGCAUCUUGUAUUGGAGCGUCGUCAGCCUCACCGUCCACGUUGGCGUCCACUAGGGAAAAAUAAUUUAAAUAUUUAUCCGGAGUACUUGAGAGUUCUGGCUAAAGAUGUGCAACAACAGUUAUUUCAAAUUUCAAACCUGAAGCCUGAGCCAUGCUUUUCAAUUGAAAAACAAGAAUCGGUUGUGAGAAAUGGUGGGAGAGAGCAGAUCAUUAAUUUACUAUUAAUGGGUGAAGAAUCGCAUAAUUUUGCUCCUUCGUUGAUUAUUCCUAUUCUUGGAUUGGCGGGCACAGGUAAAACUUCUCUUACUUGGCUUGUCUAUCAUGAUCCUAUAGUAGAAACUACUUUCGAUCAUCGACUUUGGGUUGAUGUAUCUGGACUCCAAUCUCCAGAAAGUUUAUUCGUAAGAAUUGACAAGGCUCUUCGAACUGAUACAUUAUUUGGCAACUGCAAGAGUUAUUUUGAUUCGAGAAAAAAAUUCUAUGGCGGGAAAUACAUGCUUGUGCUUGAUGGUUUGUCAGAACAUGAUCCCAGAAAAUGGUCUUAUUUAUUAGGAUCUUUGUUGUCUAUAGCAAUUGAUUGUAAACCCGGUAGCAAAAUACUUGUCACGUCUAGAUGCACAAGUCUAGAACCGGAGCUCUUCUCCCCACUGCCAAUUGCUAAAAAUGCACCUUAUAUGUUACCUCUGCCUACUGCGAAAGAGCAUCGAGCAAUGUUUCUGAACAUAGCGUUCUCAAAGAUAGAAGAAAAGGAUAGAGCUCCUAAUCUUAUUGACAUUGCCCAUAAAAUUUUUAAGGAAUGUGCCCAUAAUCUACUAACAAUUCGAACCAUAGCUUUCAUCCUAUCUUCUUACCCCACCUUAGAGAAGUGGCAGCAUGUAUAUGAUAUUUUGCUCUUUAGUUCGGAAAAUUUAUAUGAUUCUAUUAAUUCAGUAAUAUACCUUAUACAAGACAGCCUCCCUUAUGCCCGUUCACUCGUGUUGUUGCCUUCAUUGUUUCCACUUGACUACAUAUUUUAUGAUCUAGCUGAACUACAACAACUUUGGGAAGUUCAGGGGUGUCUUGAUUUGAUGCCUCCCGCAAAAAGUUUCAAAAUUUUUUUUCGUGAACUUCUCAAGGAAGGAUACUUUAUUGAAGAAGGUGAAAGUGAUAAAAGGGGUUUGAUGCUCUACAAGGUACAAGUUUUGAAGCAUGAGGUGGUGAAACAUCUCGUAGGAGACCGUUAUCGUUUUAUGUGUAAUCCUACAGAGAAAGUCGAUCAUCAAAAAAUUCUACAUGUGAGCUUUAUGGUGGACUCUUAUUGGAAAGCUCCAUCCUGGCUUCGUGAUGCGAAACAAUUGAAUACUCUGCUUUUUCUUCCUUAUCAAUCUUGUGGGCUUAUUGUUAUUCCAGAACUCAAUGAAAUUUUGGAAACUCUAAAAGGUUUACAAGCUUUGGAUUUAGCCAUUGUGAAUUGUAAAAGUUGUUUGACUUCUGUAGGGAAACUUAAGCAUUUAAGAUACCUUAGACUUGGUGUCUCGUUUGAACUUCUCCCAAACCACCUAACAGACUUUCCAUUCUUGCAAACUCUAGACCUGCGACCAUCUGGCAUUCUACAAUUACCAAAGGACUUUUGUACAUUGAGUAAUAGUUUAAGGCACUUGUAUGUUGGGGAUAAAUUGACUGAUCUACCACCUAGGUUUGCCGAUUUUUCAAAACUGGAAACCUUAGAUGUAUUCAUUGUGGGGAAAAAUAAUGGGCUAGAUACACUCACCCAUUUUGCCGAGUUGGCAGGAACUCUGAAGAUUCGUUAUCAACAAGGUCGUGAUCACCAUAAACUUCCUGAAAAUGAUAAAAUUCUAGCAAAGAUGACGCUUGAUAAUUUGUCAUUAGUAUGGAAGUCUUUGAAUGCGGACCCUGAUGUAAUUACUCACCAGGAGGAGGUUGUAGAGUUGGAAUUCUUACAACCUCCUCCCACCGUAAAAAACUUGGAAGUUCAAGGCUGGACGGGAAUAAGUUUUCCGAAUUUGGCUAUGGAACAAAAAUUCUCAUACUUGCUCAGUAAUCUUGUGUCCUUAAAAAUAACAGAUUGCAGUCGUUGUCGAAAUUUGCCAUCCUUUAGUACAAUGUAUAAUCUUGUGUCCCUUCAGCUUCGGAGCCUCAAUGCCUUGGACUGGAUAGAGGAUUCUGAUAAUUACAAGGAAGUUGCUUCUACAAAAACAUUUUACCCAUCCCUUAAGUUUCUAAUGUUGGCUAAUCUGCCCCAACUGAAGGGAUGGUUUAAAAGUGAUAAAAAUGAAUUUCCAGAACAAAUUUUCAAUUAUCUUUCUGAACUCAGAAUAAAUGGUUGCCCAAAGCUGAUGUCCAUGCCCUUGGUUCGAACCGUUGAGACUCUGGAAGCAGUCAAUAUACAUGCAAACCUACUGAAACAACUAUUGAAUGAUCAGGACACAUAUAUUACUUCCACACUGAAGAAGCUCCAUAUCAAUUCAGUUAAUGAAUUGGAUUCUCUUUCAAUCACCUUUUCUUCCUUGCAUACAUUGACGAUAAGAAAAUGCAAAAAGUUGGUCAAUGUUGUUUUAAAGUCUUCAACACCUCUCAGACGCCUCGGAAUUCAUGAUUGCAGCAGACUGAGAAAUUUAUCGCCCCCAUUGCACAGACUCUCUGUCCUUGAAGAACUAGAAAUCGAGUCAUGUGAAGAGUUGGAUUCUGCAGCCUUGACAAAUGAUGAUGAGGGCAUCAGUGAGAUUUCAAGGACGGCAUGUAAACAUCUCCAGAGCCUUCACAUAUUGAAAUUGACAAACAUCAUCCGAGGGGAACUACUAGUAAAGGCUCUCACUUGUUUUACUACACUUCAAAAGCUCUCUUUACAUUGGCAAUAUAAGUUGAGAAACCUUCCGGAGUCAAUUGGGUACCUAAGCCAACUUCAAUGGCUUUCCAUCCGAUAUUUUCCUGAUUUAGUGUGCCUCCCUGAAUCACUUGUUCAGCUUUCUGCAUUACAGCAUAUGGAGAUUCGAUAUUGUCCUAGAUUAAAUCAACUCCCAAAAUCUUUUAAUUUGCUUAAGUCUUUGCAACGACUUGAGAUUGUGGAAUGUAUUAAACUAAAAGAAAGAUGUCAGAAGCCAAACGGAGAAGAUUGGCCUCUUAUAAAGCACAUCAGUAAUUUUCAUCUUAGAUGAUACCCUAAACUGGUUAGUUUUAUUUUUCUUAUUAAACUCUGCUUUAUAUCUUAGCAAAAUGUUUAAAGAAAGUUUAUGUAAAAGUUGAAGCCUACUUUUUUUUAGCAAAAAAAUUUAUUAUUGGAUAGGAUCAGGGAAUGGAAGGACUAAAUGAGAAUAGAAUCCUAAUUACCCGUAUUUAUUCCAACUGAGACAAGAGACAAGGCCGGAUUUUAAGGAAAGAAGCGAUGAAAUUCAAUAUUCUGGAGUAAGGAAUUACCUGCUAUAACACACAUUGUCAAGGAUACUGAAGUUAUGGUCUUAAUUGAUGUUCUUUGCAUUAGUCAUCAGUAAUUACUCAUUUCUACUUCUGUUGUAUCUUCAUGUUCUUCUUGUUCUUGUUCUUGUUCAUGUUCAUUUACAUCUCUCUCUAUUGUCCCCUUCUCACCAUUACUAUUGCUCUCCUCAUUUCUUUCUUGACGCAUCACCAAAUCAAGCUACUCCCUACCAUACAGUAAUCAAUUUGAUCAAUAAUUUUGCAUUGGACAGAAUCUAUAAUUACAAUUUUAGAAAGUAAUCUCUUUGCAUAACGACAUUUUAUUAGUUGCAAAGAGAGCUAUAUCAAGCGCAUUAAAGAUAUCUUGAAUUUGUUGUAGGGUCUAUGUCUUGAUUUAUAAGCAACUUAGCUAAAAAAAAAAAAAUCCAAAAACUUAUCAAUUUUUUUUAUUUGGUUUGAUAUACGAAAACAAUUAAACCGCAUAUGAAAAAAUAGGGGCGUUUGGUAAAUAGUUUGUUGAAUGAUUUUAACUUAUUUAAGAAACAAUAGUUGUGGCGAAAACUACACUUAAUGUAAUAUCCACCCACUAUACACCAAAUUUACAUUCAAUUAUAUUAUGGUUGACGUUGAUAAACACGUUACUUGUGACAAGAUCGUGCAUUUUAUUUUUUUCCAAACCUUUUCCUUUUGUUCUUAACCACAUC